GGCCACCGGAGAGCCGAGGAGCCCAGCCCGCCGCGGCAGCAGCGAUGAAGGACCGGACGCAGGAGCUGCGCACGGCCAAGGACAGCGAUGAUGACGAUGAAGUUGCUGUUGGAGUGGAUCGAGACCGCUUCAUGGACCAUUUUUUUGAACAGGUGGAAGAGAUCCGGGGGUUCAUAGACAAGAUUGCAGAGAACGUAGAAGAGGUGAAGCGAAAGCACAGCGCCAUCCUGGCGGCCCCCAAUCCUGACGAGAAAACCAAAGAAGAAUUGGAGGAGUUAAUGUCUGACAUCAAAAAGACGGCUAACAAAGUCCGCUCCAAACUCAAGAGUAUUGAACAGAAUAUUGAACAGGAGGAAGGACUGAACCGAUCGGCAGCCAACUUGAGAAUAAGGAAGACUCAACAUUCCACUCUGUCACGGAAGUUUGUGGAAGUGAUGUCGGAAUACAAUGCAACCCAGUCGGACUAUCGGGAGCGCUGCAAAGGACGGAUCCAGAGGCAGUUGGAAAUCACUGGCCGAACCACCACCAGCGAGGAACUAGAGGACAUGCUGGAAAGCGGGAACCCAGCCAUUUUCUCUUCUGGGAUCAUCAUGGACUCCAACAUCACCAAGCAGGCCCUGAACGAGAUCGAGACGCGGCACAGCGAGAUCAUUAAACUGGAGACCAGCAUCCGGGAGCUCCAUGACAUGUUCAUGGAUAUGGCCAUGCUGGUGGAAAGCCAGGUGAGUCCCUCUGUUGGGAGGGUGGGGGAGAACAGGCAGGUAACAUGGGAACACUUGGAAGGGCCUGCCGGCACCGUAAAAGGAAAACCGCUCUGUGCAUCCUCCGUUGUGCAGGGCGAGAUGAUCGACCGCAUCGAAUACAACGUGGAGCACUCGGUGGACUACGUGGAGCGGGCCGUCUCAGAUACCAAAAAAGCUGUGAAGUACCAGAGCAAAGCCAGGCGGAAGAAGAUCAUGAUCAUCAUCUGCUGCGUCGUGCUGGGGAUCGUCAUUGCCUCCACUUUUGGCGGGAUUUUCGGCUAGGAGGCCCCCACCUGGACUCGUGUCUUUGGGAAAGCGGAGGUGAAGAGAAGCAGCUGAGCUGCCAGCCUGCGGGGAUGACCCUUCCUGUCCUGCCUGCCCCACAUGGCCGUCAUGGGAGAGCCUUGCCGACCAGCACUUCCGUUUCUAAUGCAUGAUCGUCUGUGUUAACGCUGCGUGUCCAGUACAGUGUAUGUGGGGAGGGUUGGUGCUGUGGCAUGCUGGGAAGUGGCAAGGGAGCCUCGGGCCCACAUUGUUCACCAUCCCUGGGCUUCGUCGCAGAGGUCCUUCGCUCCUGCCUUUUUGCCUUGAAUUCAAGCCCCCUUCCCUUUCAGCUGGAGCAAGAGGAACCCCUUCCCUCUUUUCCACUAAGUGGAACUGGCUGCGGCAGCCCCAAGAAACGAGCUCUUGCUGCCCAGGGACUACAGGUUGCUUCAGCCGUUGCCUGCCAGGACAAUGGCCUGUGGUCACUAGGGGGCGCCAAGGAGGGAGGAGAGGCUCUGCCUCUCUCUUUGCCUGAGCUGGGCUAGUAUUCUGGCCUCUAGCCACUGUGGUCACCUUUUUACACUCCUGCUGGGCCUGUCCGAGGGCCAUUUUGUUUUCCUGUUCUGUAGCUGCCGAAGGAGAGAUGGGUAGCCCUUUUGAUGCACAUGUCUUCCCUUGUUUUUUGCUCUUUUCUAGAGUUUAGGCCUGGCUCCUUCAAUUCAUUUAUUUGGAUAUGUAUAGCCCAGUUUUCUCCCCAAUGGGGACGCAAAACAGCGUACAUUAUUUCCCCCGCCCUUCUCUCUCUUUUAUCCUCACAACAGCUCUGUGAGUGAGAGAUUACACAGUGUGUGUGACUGGUCCAUGGUCACCCAGCCAGCUUCUAAGACAAAAUAAGGAUUUGAACCUGGGUCUUGGGUAGCUUGCUUUGAUAUUCUUAAGCCCUCCACCAAGCUGGAUACUGUUUUUCCACCUGCUCCUAUUUUGCCCUUUGCAGGAGAGCGACUGUAGGACACCCCGCCCCCUUCAAAAUGAGAGGGGCCUCUCACUCAGUGGGGAAGGAUUGUUUAGGUUCACUUCCAUGCCUCCCGGUGUAAAAUAGCAGCGGGGCAGAUGUUUACAGUUGUGUGUCUUGUACCUGUAUACUGAUGCUUGUGGUUCCCUCCCUCGCAAACCAAACUGCAAACCCAGGUUGUCUUCCACACAAUGUGCAAAAUGACGCUGGGUCUCUGCUGUGCCACGUUACAUGCCAUGCCCUGAGCCUGUCCCAAAUGUUGUGAAGGGAAGAGAUGACACAAUGCAUGUUUGCAACUUGAGCUAUGCAUGGCAACCGAAGCCCCUGCACCCUUCCAGGAUCAGGUCAGCAACAACCGCAUUUCUAAAGAUCCCACCUUUUAGGUGCAGAAGCGUGCGCUGCGGGGCCUGCCUGGAGGUGCACCUUGGCCGGACUGGUGCCCUCCCGGCCACUUUUCUCAAUAUAGCCUAAUUAAAUAGACCUUAACCCCCCCUUGGCUGUGCCUGCAGGGAAUGGAGGCCUGAAAAGGUAACUGUGAAAAAAAGAUACCCCUGGAAGAGAAGUGCAAAAGUGUGCCAAGAUUCUUUCCACUCUCCCAGCAGGCUCUCUCCAUCCACUGUUGUUCUUUCCUUGGCUGCUUUUUCCUUCUUUCUGGAAAGAAAGACCAGAGGGAGGCAUCUGUCCCCUCUUCCCGCCCCCCACCCCCGGCAGGUUGCUAAGACGAGGCCACAGGCUCCCCUGUCCAGUCAAAUAUGCAACACAGCAAGUGCCAAAUCCCCUACUCUGACACUGCCUGGAGGAGGCCUUGUCUUUAACGUAAGAGUGUGCAGCGCGGCCGGCUGCUACCCAGCAGAGCCCAGUCAGCACUGUGCUGCCUUCCAGCUGUUUCACAUCACCAGCAAUCUUUUUAAAAUACAAAUAUACCCCCAUCCUGCAGUAGGACGACGACAAAUCGUUUGCAGGAAAGGGAGAGCCCAGCAUCCCCUCGCAAAAUCUCCUUAACCUUCCUGCACUCCACCCCAGCAAAAACAGGAUGCUGCUGCUGCUGCUGCUGCCAGGGAGGCAUUUAUCUCGAAGAGACAGGAGCUGUGGCCUGGCCCUGCUUGGCAAGGGAGUGCCCGGGGGAUAGGCAGAGUGAGAAGCUGCCUUGUGACUCCAGCACUACUUGGCCCUUAGAGGGAAAGAUGUUGAGACGGCAUCCAGUUUUGAAAGGGGGGGGGAGAAGGUCCUACUCUGGGGUGCUUUCCUCACCUUGAGGAGGGCUGCUGCCUCCACCAAAAGCCCAAGGUAUCAGACACAACCGCUAAACCACCGUUUGGUCAAACCUGAGUUAGCUUUCAUGUCUGAAUGCACCGCAGGGUCGACACCACACCAGCCUUUCAAGCUAGGGUUUGUAGAUGGCUUAUUAGCUAUACCUGGGAAGGCCGAGUUCACACAACCGCAGUGUGACACAGUAGCACCACCCCUUCAGGCUGUCUGGUCUCAGAGAUGGAGAUAGUCCUCCUCCGGAGAACGGGGGGAUCCAACAAAAACCAGGGGGUUACUCACAAGCCAAGACUUUUCAUUUGGUGGACUCUGUAGUUUGCAUAAUCUUGACGUGUAAAUUGUGGCUGCAGAUCUGUUCCCACUUUGGCUUCCACUUCUAAGGAGACUUAUGAUACUGGGAAAGUGGAGACCUUGUUGUUCGAGGAAAGCCUCCCCCUGUCAUUCCUGCACUGGCUGUAGGGGCAAGAACUGAGUAUUAGAAACAGCCUGUACCCAGAUGGUAGAUCCGGCUCACAUAGCCUUUAUCCUUGUCCUACCCCCUAUACCCAGCAGGGGGAGCUGAUGCUCCCAGUCACUUCCCCUCCCGUGCAGACUUUCACGACUUCUACUGCUUUCUUCCUGUCUAAGUGGAGAUUCGCAGGGCCCAUUCUUUUAUCGCUGCCCUGGGCUCUGCAUCCCCCUUUGUUUGAUUACACUUGCCUUUCUUGCAUGUAGAAACUGAGCCGUUGGUGGUGUGUUCGUGCUUUGGGAAGGUAUUUCACUGUCUGGCACUUAAACCACCCAAUUUUUUUUUAAAAAAGAGGUGGCUGCUGUGCUGUCCCUUCUGCUGCCAGUAUUCAGCAUUCAUGCAAGGGGGUGGGGAUGUGAACGUUUUUUGACAUGUCUUUCUCGGAGGCCUCCCUGGGAGUCAUUCCGGUGCUCGUAUGCUGUGAGCCAAGCGCCCCCGUCUCUCCAUAUGGGAUCACAAACUCACCUCCCUGUCUGUCCAGGUGCAAUUGAAAGUGUCCAUUUGUUGCCUUCUCUUUCCAUUCAGGCCUCCUUUUCUUCCUGUUUACUGAAACCUCACCCUUCCCACCCACCCCCCAACACUUCAGAUGGGGGGGGGAAUAAAAAGCUUCCUUUCUGGAUGGAGUUUUAUGUAGAAUAAAAGUAUUUAUA